AGGGCCCGUGUGACAGCUCCGCCUCCUGCUCUGGUGCCUUGGUCCUGGCACACUCAGCCAGGUACAGGCAGAGCCGAGUACCUGAGUACUGGCAGCACUUGCUCCCCAGUAGGGAUCAAGGCUUGGAGCGGGAGGCUGGGAGGUGGUGAUGGAGGUCAUGCAGGGAGCCGCAGGGGGACCCCAGCUGCUGCAGUUGGGGGCUGGGGUCAUGGCUCUGCUGUUGGCAGUUGUGGCUGUGAGCUCCCUGCCCUCCCUGAUGGAUUACUGGAGGCGCUGGUGGGUGCUGAAGCCGAUACCGGGUGUCAGCCCCUGCUAUCCUGUGCUGGGAAAUGCUCUACUCUUGGAGCGGAAGGGAGAAGGUUUUUUUAAACAACUACAAACUUAUGUUGAAGAGUUCAGGAGUUGGCCAUUGCUGAAACUUUGGGUAGGACCGUUGCCUGUCAUGGUUUUGUAUCACCCUGACAGUGUGGAGGUCAUUCUGAACAGCUCGAAGCAUAUAGAAAAAUCAUACAUGUAUGAAUUCCUGCACCCUUGGCUGGGCACUGGACUUCUGACAAGCACUGGAGACAAGUGGCGGUUGCGGAGGAAGAUGAUAACUCCCACAUUCCACUUCACAAUCUUAACUGACUUUCUAGAGGUUAUGAAUGAACAAGGAACUAUUUUAUUGGAGAAACUUGAGAAACAUGUUGACAAGGAACCAUUUGAUGUCUUUCCGGACAUCACGCUGUGUGCCCUUGAUAUCAUCUGUGAAACAGCGAUGGGCAAGAGUGUGGGUGCUCAGGAGAAUAAGGAUUCUGAUUAUGUUCGUGCUAUCUACAGGAUGAGCGAUCUAAUCCAACAGCGACAGAUGAGCCCGUGGCUUUGGCCUGAUCUUCUAUAUUCGCUGUUCAAGGAAGGAAGAGAGCAUGAGAGGAACCUCAAGAUCCUUCACAAUUUUACAGAUACAGUCAUUGGAGAAAAAGUUGCAGAACUUGAAAAUGCCAAGCAAAUGAAACGUGAUAGUGAUGGCAGCUCUGAAGAAAGUGGGUCCAAAAAGAGAAAAGCUUUCCUAGACAUGCUGCUGAAUGCAACAGAUGAUGAAGGGAACAAAUUGGACUACAAGGAUAUUCGUGAGGAAGUGGAUACUUUCAUGUUUGAGGGCCAUGAUACUACAGCAGCUGGUAUGAAUUGGACCCUGUACUUACUUGGACGUAAUCCUGAAGCCCAGAAGAAGGUUCACAGAGAACUGGAUGAAGUGUUUGGCAACACUGAGCGUCCUGUUACAAUGGACGAUUUGAAGGAGCUUCGAUACCUUGAGUGUGUUUUGAAAGAAGCCCUUCGGCUCUUCCCUUCAGUUCCGCUGUUUGCCCGUGCCUUGACAGAGGAUUGCUCUAUUAGAGGAUAUCAAAUACCAAAAGGCACAAAUGUUGUUGUUGUAACUUAUGCCUUGCAUAGAGACCCUGAGGUCUUCCCUGACCCAGAGGAAUUCAAGCCUGAGCGUUUCUUCCCUGAAAAUUGCAAGGGAAGGCACCCGUAUGCAUAUGUGCCCUUCUCAGCUGGUCCCAGGAACUGCAUUGGUCAGCGUUUUGCACAAAUGGAGGAGAAAGCUCUUCUAGCUCUCAUCUUGCGGCGCUUUUGGGUGGACUCAUGUCAAAAGCCAGAAGAGCUUGGUAUAACUGGAGGUCUGAUUCUUCGUCCAAAUAAUGGCAUCUGGAUUAAGCUGAAGAGGAGGCCAAAUGCUGGAACAGAAUGAAAGGAAAUUCAAGAUUUUAUUUUUCCCAAAACUUACAAACUCUUUAGGCUAACAUGUUUUUAAAUUGGGUAUUUUGAUGGCAGUGCAGCAAUUUGUUGAAACUAAAGUAAUCACUGAUUGUUUCAUUAGAGAAAAUGUAAUAGCCUUAAAUUGCUCUACUUCUCUAGUUCAUAUGAACUUCAUGUUCAUCUUCAUAGUGGAAGUGUUUAAACAUCAAAUCUCAGUGCUUUAUUUACUCAAACUGCUUUAUUAGAGGAGUGCAAAAAGCUUUAAAUUAUGAUAGUCACAGUAAUGAGUGUGAUGAAGUGAUCUGGUUAUGUUCUAUAACAUUUGUGAGGUAACUGAUAGUCUCAAAUCUUUGUAAUCCUGUUCAGGUUUCUUUGGUUCUGAAAGAUAGAAGCAAACAAUUCUUCCACUCAGCAAAUCUUGUGUUUCUGUUUUGGUGAUGACCGCAUCUAUGAAAACAAAACAGACAUCUGAUAAUUUCACUUCUCCUUUGAAGCAUUUACAGUAGUUCUUAAGCAGUGAGUGCUCUGAAUUAUUUUUUAACAAAGUGUUAAAAAGUAUUAAUCUAUACCAUAAGUAUUAAUCUAUAUAAUCGUAAAAUGGACUAGAUACUGUGCAAAUUGCAGACAGGAUUUCAUGUCAGCAGAAACAAUGUAUUAUUACAAACUUUGAAAAUAAACUUCUUCUGUGCCUCAAUAUGGAAUUAAAUUAGAUCUGUAAAAAUCACAUGCCUGGGUGCAGGUAAAUUAAUGAUGGGUAAUUAUUUCUAAACAUCAGUUCCUCUAGGGUGAUUGGUUGACCAGAUUUUACUGUGUUAGUUAAAGCUGAAGCAAUGUGCCAGUCUGCUUUUGCCUUGUAUGGUCCUGAAGGCAAAGCAGAGAAUUUCUUGCUAAUUGAUGCUAAAGAGGAAUUACAGUGAUUAAAUGAA